AUGGUUUUGUACAGCUUCCUGCUCCUGCCGCUUUGGCUGAGCUCAGCAGCUGGCACAGGCCCGCCAGGAUGCAGGAUCCGAAUCACAGCCAAGGGCUUGGACCUGGUGAAGCAGGAGGGGCUGCGCUUCGUGGAGCAGGAGUUGCACAACAUCACCCUGGGUGACCUGCACGGCAAGGAGGGCCAGUUCCACUACAACAUCAGCAAUGUGCGGGUGACCCACCUCCAGAUGACCCACUCGGACCUGCGCUUCCAGCCCCGGCAGCACCUGGCCUUCGACAUCGUCAACGCCUCCAUCACCCUGCGCUUCCGGCGCCAGAUGCUCUAUUGGUUCUUCUAUGACAUCGGAUCCAUUAACACUUCUGCUGAGGGUGUGCACAUUCACACGGCGCUGGGGCUUUCGAAGGACGCCGCUGGGCGCCUGAAAAUCUCCAACAUCAGCUGCAAUGCUUCCAUCGCCCGCAUGCAGGCAGGAUUCAGCGGCACGCUCAGGAAGGUGUACGAAUUCCUGGCCACCUUCAUCACCAGCGGCAUGCGCCUCCUCCUCAACCGACAGAUCUGCCCUGUGCUGAACCAUGCGGGGCUGGUGCUGCUGAACUCCGUCCUGGACACCGUGCCCGUGCACAAUUCAGUGGAUGAUUAUGUUGGGAUCGACUUCUCCCUCCUGAGCGAUCCGGUCAUCACUUCUGACACCAUGGACCUGGAUUUUAAGGGCUUGUUCUUCCCUCUGGAGGCUGAAAACCAGACCCUCCCCAACUUGGCCACGGAGCCCCUUGUCAAGGAGACGGAGCGCAUGGUGUACCUGUCUCUCUCGGAGUAUUUCUUCGACUCCGCCCUGUUUGCUUACUACCAAGCUGGGGCUCUGAGCAUGGAGCUUGCUGGUGAGCAGGUGCCCAAAGACUUGGAUGUCUUGCUGAGAGCCUCCUUCUUCGGGAGCAUCAUGCUGAUGAACCCUUCCGUGGUCGACGCGCCUCUGAUACUGCAGAUGCAGGUGACGGCUCCCCCCACCUUCGUGAUCAAGAGCUCCGGCACAGCCGUGUCUGUCUCCGGCACCUUCGGGAUCUACUUGGCGCCCCCCAAUGAACCCCUUGUCCAGCUUUCCAGCAUGAAUGUGGAUGCCCGGCUGAAUGCCAAGGUGGCCCUGCGCAAGAAAGCCCUGCAAGUCCAGCUGGACCUGAGAAGGUUUCGGGUCUCCUCCAAUCAGUCGGCCCUGGAGUCCCUGGCGCUGAUUCCACUCCAAGCCCCUCUGAAGACCCUGCUGCAGUUGGCAAUUAUGCCUAUCAUUAACGACAAAAUCAAGAAGGGUGUCCAGGUUCCACUCCCAGAAGGCAUGGACUUCACCAAAGAGGUGGUCACCAAUCACAUGGGCUACCUGACCAUCGGAGCAGAUCUCCAUUUCUCCAAAGGCCUGAGAGAAGUCAUCGAGAUGUACCGGGCUGCAUCUGGCCCCAAGCCCACCCUUCAGGCUGCCUGA